AUGGAGGAUGCGGUAGGUCUCAGAGGCUAUAGCAGCGCUGCUAUACCUCCUGGAUGGUGGUUUUGUGCUGACCUCGAGACCAGGCAAGUCGUCGAUAACGCUGCGUCUGAAGACUCAUACUCGGUCACUCGCACAGUCGACGGACUGCCGUACUUCCUCUCUCUCACCGACACGGCCGGCCAGGAGGAAUAUCGCGGUCUCUGGGCUGCCUCGAACCUGAACUCGGAUGCCUUCCUGCUCGUAUACGACAUCACCAACGAGCCGACGCUCGAGACCCUGGACCACUUCAUGGAGAUGAUAGACAUGGAGACGGAAAACAGGGAGGAGAACAGCACCCGCCUGCUGAAGCAGUUCUACCACGACUACCCCGAGCAUGGACUCGACGACCAGCCCAUGAUCGGGAUGCCGCCUCCCGUCAAGAUCGUUGCCGGGAACAAGUGCGAUCUCAAGGAGGCGCGGGUGGUGAGCUCCAGACGCGGCCUCGAGUUUGCCAGGAGCAGAGGCUGUGGCUUCAUGGAGACCAGCGCAUGGGAGAUGGUCAACAUAGAAGAGACCUUUGCCUUGAUCGUACGGCGGGUGGUUGAAGCUCGCAAGCUGCACCAGCGGCAGCAGAUGGCCCAGCUGCAGGCGCUCAGAGAAGCAGACCAACUGUCCUCGACACGCUUCUUCUCUACCGCCUAUAGGAGAAGAGCUACCCAGCCGGUAGCCCACAGCCAGACGGCUCCGCUCACGACAGAGGAGGGACAGAACCCGACAGGGCGCAGCAUCACCUCUGACGUCCGGCCCCAGCGACGCAGUCUAUGGCUUUCUGUCCAGAAAGCAUGGAACAGGCGGACCACAGCGCAACUAAGGCGGUCCAAGUCCCUCCAGCCGGUCCUCAAGCAGUGGGAGGGCCAGAGUCGCCCAGGCACGCUCUCGACGCGUUCGAGCAAAAAGGCAGAUCCGGAUGCAUAUGAAUCUACUUACUCGAACACUAACGACAGCAGGCAUGGCCAUUAUCGAGAUUCUACCCACAGCGGCCGUUUCAAGCCCGCCGAACGCAUAUCGAAUCCCGUGGUGGAAGAUAGUAUGAUCUUCCGGCCGAUGUUGAUCGCUACACAUAUUCCCCAUACCUCCGCCUUUACUCAUUGA